GCAGGGUGUGUCGUAAGCAGCCAGUCUUCCUCCUAGCGAUGCUACUCGCAUGUAUGAAGUGGGUGACGCGUUUGCCUGGCGGCCGUCUUGGCGAGCAGACAGGUGCAAGGUGGCUGUUUGCAACUUUGCGCACUCUCUUUUGUGUAGCAGUGGCGGGAAAACCAUCUCCUAUCGUGGUGGAUCGAUAUGUGGAGUCGUGUUCGAUGUUGAAAGUGUGAGAGGGGGUGUCGUUGGAAGUAUAUUGUCCACCCUCGUGCGCUUGCGGACGCGCUUGCUGACCCCCCAUUUUGGCUUGGUUGUCGCCUCUGUCGGAGAUGUGGAGCACGACAAUGGGACAGCCAUUGCUCCCAACAGUUCAAGGACCAACAUUGUGAGGCCAUUCAUGCCUGUAAGGCAGGCAGGAGAUGCCGGAAUUGUUCCACGGCCACGUCCUUGUCCGAGGUCGGGCGCGUUGUUGUGUUGCUGCCGUGGUGAAGUUGAACGCCAGAACUCGUCUUCCAAGGCUUCCGACGGAGGGAGAGCAUCCACCAUCGUUGUUGUGGGAGUGGAUUGGACGAGACGGUGUUGUGAUCCCUAUUUUGUGUGGGUUGCGGUCUUGUGUGUCCUUGUCACGCUGAGGUUGCUUGUCUUCGUGGUGUUAGCCAUCAUCUACUUGUUUGUGUUGUUUUCGAUUUGUGUGUUAUUGAGACUCGAGAGGCAAGUAGAGGGGAGAAACCAGUGGGUGUCGAAGAGGAUGGGGGAGACGGGGUGGAAGAGAUCCGUCGAGGACUGCAGGAAGAAAUGGUCGGAGUUAACGAACAAGUUGAGGGUCAUCAGAGACAAGUGUGGGGGAUUGGGCAAACCCUCCUAUUGGGAGAUGACAGGGGAGCAGAGAAAGGAGGAGGGGAUGUUCCCUGCCUUCGAACAGCCGGUGUGGGAGGCCAUGGCUUGGUACUCCAAGUUGUCGUCGGUAAGGUGUGACAAUACGCUCGCCUCAAGUGCUUUGCAGACAGGGGACGGAGGGAGCUCCGGUAGAGCUCCAUCGAAAGGCAGAGGGACACCUCAAGGUGGAGGGACAACGCAAGCAGGGACGACAACGGCUGACAGGGCAUCAGAUGGUCGUCCGACAUCGGCAGGGAGCGCGACAUCAGAUGGGCAAGGAACAUCGCAAGGGGCAGGAACUUCUCGAGGAGGAGGGACGGACGAAUCAGAGGGCACACGGAAGACACAUCGCACAUGUGGUGGGAAAGGUCGGGUUGGAGGAGAGAGUGGAUCAACGGUUUUAACGAUUGCCGAAGCAAUGCACGUGUCCACGCGGGCGUACUGUGAAGGACUGGACGAGGCGUCGGAAAAGGCCGCUGGUGUGCUCGCAAAGGUGAGCACCGAAGGAGCGAAUGUCAUCGCUGGCAGGAUGGAUGACAUCAUCACUGACAUGGCCACCCAGAUUGGCGAGGUGGCGACUGCCAUGCAUAAGGGAAAUGCAAUGUUGGCGCUGCUGGUGGGUGUCAUGGCACGGCGAGGGAGCAGCGGCGGCGGGCGAUGAGGAGAUAAUGAUCGUUUGUGGCCUUGGCAUCGGUGCG